AUGCGCGCGGCCGAAUAUGCGAGGCGGAAGGACCUUGCGCGGCAGGCCGCCCUCCGACAGGCUACCAGCCGAGCCGCGCAACGCUGUCGGCAGCUGAAGGUCUCGGCCUUCCAGCGCUGGCGGCUGGCGACGGCGGCUGCGGCGGUGGAGCGGCUGAGGCGGCGGGAACGGGCGGGGAGCGUCGGGCGCGGGGCCGUGGUGGCGGAGGCCGUCCUCCGGAGGCGUAACGCCGGGAGGGUGCUGUCCGGGUUUCGACGGUGGAGGGAGGCCGACGAGGAGGCAACGGUUGCUGCUGGCCAAGCCCGCGACCGCCGCGCAAGGGCAGCCGCAGCCACCGCGGCGCUGCUCCACCGGCGCCGCCGCAGCCUCCUCAGGCAAGGGCUGCAGGCGCUGGGCGCGGCGGCGAGGGCGGCGGCGGAGCGCAGGCGGAGGGCGGAGAGGGCAAGCCUGUCCGCGGCGAUGAGCAAGUGCGCUGCCCGGACGCUGGUGCUCACCCGGUGCUGGGAUGCUUGGAAGGCGGCCGCUACCGCCGGCGGCCUGGCGAGAAGGCUGGCAGCCGCAGGGGCGCAGGCCCAGCGCAUGGCGGCGGAGAGGAGGCACCUGCGGGCCGAACAGCUGGCGUGGGUCUGCAAGGCCGCUUUGGCGUCAUCAGACGUGCGUCGAAAAGCGCGCGCGUGGCGCUUGUGGCGUCAGGUCCAGGGACGUGCCGACACGGAGCACGCUCUCGUCAACCGUGUUCUCCUCGCCGGCGCUCAGCGCUGGCGCACCGGCCGCCUCCGCGCGGGCGUCCGGAGAUGGACGAUCGCUUCCAAUGCCGUUCGGUCGGAGAGGGAGCUCGUCCGCUCGCGGGCCGCCAAACUCGGGUCGGUGUCCGUGUUCCUCGGAAGCGGUUCGGGAAGCCUGAGGAGGACCCCGAGGAUGGACGUCGCGCGGGCGUUCGGGACCUGGGUGCGAGUGGCGGAAGGCCGUAAGGUCGAGUCCCUCAAGAGGCGUCAGGGGGCGCGCAUCCUCCUGGGGGUGCUCCGUUUCUCGCGAAGAAACGCCCUCGCUCGCGCGGUAGGCACUUGGCGCUCGGCCGCCGACCGGAGAGCGCGAGAGGGCCGGUGCGUCCACGACCUGGCCCUUCGGACGGCCCACAGGCAACGCUUGUUCCUGCUGGGGAAGGCUUGGGCACGAAUCGCGUGGGCUGCGGGGGAGCGGGAGGCGGCCCGGGCGCGGCAGCUGGGUGCUGCACGCGUCUUCCAUAGCCUGGUGGCGUCAUCCGCGCGGACCUCACGCCGCAGAGCCUGGACCCGAUGGAGAACAGCCGUCGCCGAAAACGCCGCAGCCGGCCGCUUGCGCGGCGCGCAGCGCCGCGCCCUCCAGCGGUGCGUGCGCUCCCGCCGGCUGCGCGACACGCGAGCGGCCUGGGAGAAAAUGCGGAGAAAUUUCCUACGGUCCCGCGCCCUGGUGUCCGGAGCCGCCCGCCUGGACUGCGUCCUGGUCAAGGCGCGGCGGCGAGCGGUGUCUCGGCGGCUGGGGUCGUGGCGGUCGGAAGUCCUCGCGGGCGCGAUUGACGAGCGCCGGAGGGAGAGCGUCCGGGGCAGGAGGCACGCGGCGGCGAGGCUGUUGGGGUCGACGGCGGCGCGGGUGAAGCGGAGGCGGCUGGAGGGCGGGUGGCGUGCCCUGGCGACAUUCGCGGAACGGGCGCAUCGGGCGGAGGGGGAGGCCUCGGCGAGGGCGGGGCACGCGGACCGUCUGGCGCGCGCGGCGGCGGAGCGGUUGAGGGGGCGGGUGCUGGGCCGGGCCUGGCGAGCGUGGAGGGAGGUCCUGGCGCAGCGGCGGCUGCAGGGAGCGGUGGGCGCCGCGACGUCAUCGCUGGAGGAAGAAACAGUUUCGUUGGCGAGGCAGGUGCAGCUUCUGAGGCUGUCCGGGGCUGUCCGGGUCAUUUUUUCCGCCGCCGAACGGUCGAACAGGGUUCUACUGCAGAGAGGCUGGCGGGGGCUACGCGAGGCGUCGCAGAGGCGAGCCGUCCUCCUCCGCGCAGUGGGCAUCUCCUCCCGCGCCCGCUCCCGGCGCCUCGUCCUCUCCCUUAACCGCUGGCGCCUGGCGACGAACGACGCGCGGACGGCCCGGCUGAGGGCGGGAGCCGGGCGGUCCGUGCUGGCGGCGUGCCUGGCCGGGGCGCGCGGCCGGGCCAUGCGGCCCGCGUGGGAGUGCUGGCGCGAGCUCGUCGCGAGGGAGAGGGGGGAGGAGGACGACUUCCCCGGACGGGAGGAAGGGCUCCUCGCUUUCGCCUCCGUCAUCUCGAGGGUCGGCAGGCGGAGCGGACCGGGCCCGGAGGCUGCGGGCGUUCGGGCUGUGGAGGCUUGGGGGGGCGCGCUGGGGGGCGCCGUGGCCCAGGCUCAUCUGCUGGCGGCGCAGGUGGACCGUCGGAGCGCCGGCGCCCGCCUGGCUCUGCUCUGGCUCCACAGGCGACGGCAGCGCACGCAGCUGGCGGCUUGGCGUCAGUGGGCCAGGGCAACGGCGGAAGACCGGGACGCCGAGGAGAGGGAAGCGUGGCGCGGGCGGGCGGCGGCGCAGCUCGGGCGGGAGCUGGCCCGGGCGGUGGAAGGGGGGCGCCGGCGCCUCCUCCGGAGGUCGCUGCACGCCUGGCACCGCCACGCCGAAGGGCGGCUAGCCCACGCCGUCAUGGUCGACCGCGAGGCGAGCGCGAGGGAGGCCGGGGCUCGCCGGCUGUUCGCGGCGCUGGAGCGCAACCUUCUCCGGCGGCAGGCCAGGGUGUGGGGCCGCCUCGUGGGCUCCGCGGUGGUCGCUUCCGGGCGGCGGCGGCGAGAGCGAGAGGCGCAAGAACGGAGAGAUCGCCUCCUGGCGGUGGCGGAGUCGAGGUCGUCCCGAAGGCUGCUCUCGCGCGCGUGGUCGGCGUGGAAGGGGAUCUCGGCCGAGCAGAGACACCGGGGGGAGGUGGCCGCGGUUCGGGCGGCGUGCGGAACGGCGAUCGUGGCCGCGGUCACGCGGCGCAAGGAGGAAGACGCCCGGAGGCGGGCUCUCUCGCUGUGGCGCGGGAAGUCGCACCGGGGCCGAGAGCGGGAGCGCGCGCUCUCGAGGGCGGUUUCCUGCGUGCUGCGGGCCGAGGCGCGCGUCGAUCGGGACCGCCUGGUGCGCUGCCUGGUGCGGUGGCGACUCGCGGCCGUGACGGGCGGGAGGACCCUGGCGGACGAGGACAAGGCGGCGGCGGAAGCGGCGUUCCGCGGGCAGACCGUGCUGUCAAUCCUGAGGCGCAAGCGCGUGCACCGCCUGUGGGAGGGUUUCCGCCGGCUCGUCGACAACCGGACCCUUUCCGUGCUCGGGAGCAAGGAGGAGCAGGCUCGCCGAGACGACGUCUCGCGAGGGCUCCGCGGCCUGAAGCGGACGGCGGCGAGGAUAACGCGGAGGCGAGUCGCGGGCGCGUUCGCGCGGUGGCAGUGCCACGCGGCCGAGGCGGGGCGGCGGAGCGACCGCGCCCUCCUGGUCUCGGCGCAGAGGCGGACGGGGGCGAAGAUGCUCGGCUCCGUCGUCGCCCGCCGCGAGGCCUCCGCCCGGUCCCGCGCCUGGGCGCUGUGGCGGUCCGGGGCCGCCUCCGCCGCGAUACACGACGGCGAGCGCGCCUCGGCGGACCUGCGCGUGUCCGGCGCGCGGCACUCGGCCGGGGCCCGGCUCCUGGCGACAUCCAUGGGCGGCGCCCGCCGCCGGGUGCUGUGGAAGGCCUGGCGGACGUGGUGCGGGGAGGCGAAGGCGGCCGCGGACGCGGAGCUGCAGACCAUGGAGAGGCACUUCCACCUGGCUCGGACGCUGACGCGGGUGGAGAGGCGCGUCCAGCUGGCGUGGGUCCGCGGGGCGUGGCAGACCUGGCGCAGGAACGCGCGGUCCGUGGCGUGCGUCCCGCGGGUCGCGGAGCGCAGCCGGCGAGCCCUCCUGGCGCAGGGGAUGAACCGGUGGCGCAUCGCGAACGCCGAGCGGGGGCAGGCCGAGGCGGAGCGGGAGAGGGCGGCCGCCGAGGAAGCCGUGCGGGCCCGCGCGCUGUGGGGCCUGCUGAAGCGCCGCGCCAGCCGCCAGCUCGCCGAGGGGUUCAACCGAAUCUUGAUGCACGGCGCGUGGGUCAUCUACCUGUCGAAGGAGGAGGAAGUCCGGGCCGACCGACUCUCUCAGGGUUUCCAGUGCCUCGCCCGUGCAUGCGCUAGGCGGGGGGAGAGGAGGAAAUCGGCCGCCUUGUCUCGGUGGAGACACGCCGCCUCCGAGAGCCGGCGGUAUGAGGAGAGAGGCCUGCUCCAGGCCAGGAGCAAGCGGGCGGCCGCCAAGACCCUGGCAUCCCUCGUGUCCCACAGGGAGAGGUCUCAUCUCGCGCGGGCGUGGGCCAUCUGGUGCUCUGGAGUUGCGUCGGCGGCGAUCCACGAGGGCGAGCGCGCCUCCGCCGACCGGAGGGUGCUGGGGGCUCGGCAGUCCGCCGGGUGCCGGUUGCUCGUCGGGGUCCUGGGGUCGGCGCGGCGCCGAGCUCUGGCCAAGGCCUGGUCCGUCUGGCGCAAGGAGGUGAGGGCGGCGGCGGACGCGGAGCUGCAGAGCAUGGAGAAGCACUUCCAUCUCGCGCGCACCCUGACGCGGGUGGAACGGCGCACCCAGCUGGCGAAGAUGGGGAGAGCGUGGAGGGCCUGGGGCGAGGUGGUGCGAGCCGAAGGGGAGGCCGAGCUGCAGCGGUUCGAGAGGCACUUCCACGUGGCCCAGACGGUGGCGCGCGCGAUCCUCGGGGCCACGCGAAUCGAGGAGCUCUUCGUCGAGGCGCAAGAGAACCACACCGCGCGAGUCCUACGCCGCAGCUGGGCGAAGUGGGCGGGGUGGUCGACGGCGGAGGGCGGGCGCCUGGAACGGGAGGCCGAAGCGGCAUCCUGGGCGAAAGCGGAGGCGGAGGCGGACGCAGCAGCGGCGGCCGCAGUGCAGGCCGCUGGGGUCACCGAAGAAGGCUCAGCCAGCGGCGCCGGUGGCCGCGCCAACAACCUCUGGUCGACCGGCACGGCGCAGCAUGAGUCGACGCCCCCGGCCGGGACGCCGAUGACGGAGGGCGUGAAGACACCUCACGGCGACAGCCGAAGGGGUCAAAAGUCGGGCCGGGUCGCGGCGUCGGCUUCGCCCCCGGGCUCCGCGGGCGUUGGCGGGCGGGUUGGAGACCCCGGCACCCCUUCUCCCACCUCAAAGGCAGCAGCGCCAUUCCCUGCGGACAGACCCGGCGAAGACCUGGGAAAAAGCGACAGCUUGGACCUUACCGCGAGCGGGGAGAGCUUCGGCGCACCUCAAUCGCGCUCUGCCGGUGGGAGGGCGCUACCGACGACGACGGUGGACGCAACAACGGUAGGCGUUGCCCUUGCCAGCCCCGAGGGAAGCCUGGCCGCCUACAUGUCGGACAGCAGUCCGCUUCUCGGAGAGAGUGUCCUGAUGUUCCGGGGCGUGGGCGGCGGCGGCGGCGGCGGCGGCGUUGGUGGGGGAAGCGAGGAGGCAUUCAGCGGCGGCGGCGGAGGGCGCGUGCUCGCGUUGUUCUCCGGGGAAGACUCGAAGGACGAAAGGCCUACAGCGGAAACACCGCCUCCGGCUAGCCCCGCCCGCCACGGCGACGAAACAAGCGGCACAAACGAGGGCUUCGCAGGCGUCGGUAACGGCAGCGAGGUGACGAGAACGACCUCCGCGAGAUCACCUUUGUUGGCCGGCAGUGGCAGCGGCGGCGGCGGCGGUGGAGGGAGAGGCGGCAGACGCGGGCGCCCUCGCUUUCCAAAGUCGCCCCCUUACGUCGGGGGCUCGGUGGGGUUGUUGAGCUUGAGUCAGGGGUCACCACCCUGGGACGCGGAGGAAGAGGAGGGCCGGAUUGGAGGCGGGGCCGAGCACCGACACGAGUUUUCUCCGUCGUACGGCCACGGGCAUGACGGAGGAGACGAAACACGGCUGGAGGAUGCCUUGGACGAUGAUACCGUAAGCGAUGGUGCCGAAAUGUAUCAGUCCCACGACCGGUCCGAGCAGCAGCAUCAGGAAGAGCCUGGGAGCGAAGUUCCGGUAGCUCCGGGCUUUCGUGCGGUUGAUGGCCACAUGGCUCGCGCCGCAGAAGACUUCGUGGACAUCAUGGCGUCGAUCUUUUGGAGGUGGGCGUUCCAGCGCUGGGCGCGCGUCGCCCGCGAUGCCGCGUUCACCCAGAAGGCGAACGAGACGAGGCUUAAGGUGUUGCGCCUCAAGCGCCACCAGACGCUACGAAAAGUCGUCGUGGCCGCCAUCCGCCGGCAGAACUUGACCCCGCAAGUUACCGACGCCCCGAGCGCCAUGCGCAAGUGGAAGCAGCUCGUGCGCAGGUGCAGGGAGAACGAUCGACUGAGCCAGGAGCUUGCGGGCCUGGCGGAGAUGUCGCCGUUGACACCGGCGGUAGCGCGCCAGCGCGCAUCCGCCGGGAGGAGGGUGUCCGACGCGAUGUCGGGGGGGCGCAGCAGCGGUGGCUGGGAUGGGGGGGGGGUCCGGGGAUACGGGGAGGGGAAGGGUGAAGUCACGCCAUCGUUUUCUCGGUCACCUUUUCCGGCCUCCGCGGUGGAGAGGUCAUCCGCGAGGAGGAGGCUGUGGGACGAAACGUCCCCGAAAGUGUCACCGGUUGAGGAGGUUACAGACUCUUCUUGA